AUGGCCAAGGUACACAUCACCAAUGUGGUGGUGCUGGAUAAUCCCAGCAGCUUCCUAAACCCGUUCCAGUUCGAACUGACGUUUGAGUGUAUCGAGGAGCUGAAGGAGGACCUCGAGUGGAAGAUGAUCUACGUCGGAUCGGCCGAAUCAGAGGAGUUCGAUCAGGUGCUGGAUACGAUCUACGUUGGUCCGGUACCGGAGGGAAGGCAUAUAUUCGUGUUCCAAGCGGAUCCACCGAACGUGAGCCGGAUCCCGGAGCAGGACGCCGUCGGUGUGACAGUGGUGCUGCUAACCUGCUCCUACCGUGGGCAGGAGUUUGUUCGCGUCGGAUACUUCAUCAACAACGAGUACGCGGACGUGGAGAUGCGCGAAAACCCACCACCGAAACCAUUGUUCCACAAGAUGACGCGCAACAUACUGGCAUCGAAGCCGCGUGUCACUCGCUUCAAGAUUAACUGGGACGAUGCACCGGUGAACGGUGUAGCCGGAGGGCCAUCCAACGGGAUGAUGGACGGUGAGGAGGCACCGUCGGACGAGAUGGCCACCAAUGGUGACAACAAUGAUCAUGGAAUGGACGGUGAAUCGAACGGUGGUUCCUCACAUCCGCCGGAUCUGGUGCACGACGAGAAUAGUAUUGCGAUGCCGGCGACGGAAAUGCCCGAAUUCAACGAAAACUCCAACUCGCUCGCUAUGGAAUGCUGA